AUGGGAAAGGCAUGUGAUAACCUGCUAAGAAGAGCAGCCUGUCAAGAAGCUCAGGUGUUUGGUAACCAGCUCAUUUCUCCCAACACACAUGUGAAGAGAGCCACAGUCUUUCUCAAUCCUGCAGCCUGCAAAUGCAAAGCCAGAGCUCUAUUUGAGAAAAAUGCUACCCCAAUUUUACACCUGUCUGGCAUGGAUGUGACGGUUGUCAAGACAGAUUAUGAGGGACAGGCCAAGAAGCUCUUGGAACUGAUGGAAAACACAGAUGUGAUCAUCGUUGCUGGAGGAGAUGGGACACUGCAGGAGGUUGCUACUGGAGUCCUACAAAGGACAGAUGAGAUGAGCUUGUAA